CUUACUGAAUUAAAAAUAGAUACCUGGACAGUCCUCAAUAACUAUGUCUUAAGUAACAGACUGAAUGAACUCCUUUGUUCAACAAAUAUUGCAUAGCAACCUGUUAGGAGCCAGGUACCCUCUUGGGUGCUAAAAAUGUGAGGAUAAACAGAGCAGAAGGUCCUGGUCUUACAGAGCUUACUUUCUAGUUGGGAGAGAAAACAACAAUAGUCAGGAGAAUACCGAAGAAUUUCUGAGAUGAGAGCUAUUAGUGCUAUGAAGAGAAUGGAACAGGAAAAUGAGAUUGAAGGAUGGGAGCAAUACAGGAUGUGCAUAUCUCAGUCAAACGCUUCAGAGAACCAAAGCAUGAAAGACGACCAUGGAGGAUAUGGUUUUUAGACACUUCCAAACAAGCCAUAGGAAUGCUGUUCAUCCAUUUUGCAAAUGUAUACCUAGCAGAUCUCAACGAAGAGGACCCUUGUUCACUGUACCUCAUCAACUUCCUCCUGGACGCCACCGUGGGCAUGCUCCUCAUCUACGUGGGCGUGCGCGCCGUCAGCGUCCUGGUGGAGUGGCAGCAGUGGGAGUCCCUGCGUUUUGGCGAAUAUGGAGACCCUCUGCAGUGUGGAGCCUGGGUUGGACAAUGUGCCCUUUACAUCGUGAUCAUGAUUUUUGAAAAAUCUGUCGUUUUCAUUGUCCUCCUAAUACUUCAGUGGAAGAAGGUGGCCCUGUUGAAUCCCAUUGAAAACCCAGACUUGAAGCUGGCCAUCGUCAUGCUGAUCGUCCCCUUCUUUGUCAAUGCUCUGAUGUUUUGGGUAGUGGACAAUUUCCUCAUGAGAAAGGGAAGGACGAAAGCUAAGCUAGAAGAAAGAGGAGCCAACCAGGACUCGAGGAACGGGAGCAAGGUCCGCUACCGAAGGGCCGCAUCCCAUGAGGAGUCAGAGUCUGAGAUCCUGAUCUCAGCUGAUGACGAGAUGGAGGAGUCAGACGUGGAGGAGGACCUCCGGAGACUGACGCCCCUGAAGCCCGCGAAGAAAAAGAAGCACCGCUUCGGGCUGCCUGUAUGAUGCAUUCCCAAGCCAGGGUCGGGUGGGAGCCCGUGGCCGGCCACCGGUCAGCCGAGGGUUGCUCGGCCGCGUCUUUCCUCCCCUCCUCUCUCUGCCCCUCUUCUACCUCCGCUCCUCCCACGGCCUCAGCCACUCCCAGAUACUGUGACCCGGGGAGGGGGGCUGCUGGCUUCACGCGGCAGCUGGAGGUCCCCACUCAGUUGCACUACAAACACUGACCAAAUAUGCAAGUGAGGCGUUUUGUUUGUGUGUUGUCGUCCCAAGUGGUGGUGUGAGGGACCCGGAAGCCCUGUCCCGCAUCUGGCCGUGUGGCCUUGAGGCUGAGGACUUACCUGCAUGUGGACCGUGGGUGGAGCCUCUCGCCAGGGCUUCAGGGGGGAGUGUGAAGACGGAACAUGUUUGGGGGCUGAGUUACUCAUUGACCAAGUUGGAGCAGUGACGCUUUCUUACUCGAAAUGGCUUUUGUAACUAUUGAUUUCUAUGGCUGGUUUUAUGAGCUGUCACAGUGUUAAUGUUUUUUGAGUAUGUGUUUAUUUCCUAUGGGACUAAUGGGCAAAACAUAGAUUUUUAAGUCUUCCGUAUGCUAUUGACUUUUAUAUGUUUAAGUUAUAUUUUCAUACUAUUGUAUUUAAAAGCUCUUUUUUACCCCCAAAGAAAUGGGUUUGUUUGCCUUUCAUGGGACAUGAGCUGGUGGGAGGAAAUAGUUGGGAGUUUUUUUAUUUGGAAUAUCGUUAGGUAAUCUGCGAUCCGAUGUGGUAAAUAAUUCCAGUAGGAAGGGAGGUGGGGCUUUAUCUGAAAUCAGCAAACCCAGUUGUUCUGCAGAGGUCAGGCCUGAGCAGGAGGCAGCUGGUCCGAAUGUAGAUCCAGGGCCUGUGAGGGUGGAACAGGAAGGGCUCUGCCCAGGGCCCAGCAGCACUUGGCACUUCAGCUGGCAAGUUAGAGUCUUGGUGAAAUGUGACUGAAAAGGGAGCAUAAGAGGAUAUUGUAUCCAGAGAAAUUGAGACUCCAAGGCCACUCCUGUUUGUCCCCUGCAUCUCUUCAGAACCUCCAGAUCUGAAGUUUAAAGUGCAGUCUUGGCCUCCCCGCCUCCCAUGGUGCAAGCUUCAGAGCCAGACUCUGGACCCCCCUCUGGGAGCAUCCUCUCAGGCUAUCCUGUGCCUGUCAGCUUAGUGUUGUCUACUUGUCUUGUGCAGCAGUCUAGAGAAUGCCUGUCUGACCAUGAGAUCCUGUUUUUUACAUCCUCCAGAGCAGCGGGGUGGCUGGGCACGAGGUGGGGCAGGUGGAGGUGAGUGAGCUCGCUGUCUGCAUCCACAGGCAGGACGAAGUGCUUCUUUCUAAACUUGUGGCCCCCACUCCUCAGAAUGAGCCUAGGCCCCAUGGCUUUGGGAGUCUGCUGCCCGGCAGUGGAAUGGACUGACCCAGGUAUUUGCCUGCUGUGGGAGCAGCAAGGCAAAGCAGCCCGGUGUUUUGUCCCAGCCCAGGAUUGGCCUGAAAGUUUAGGAAUAGAGAACUUCAUGGCGAAGGUGCAAGUUGGAAGUGAGAUUAGUGCAGGGAGCCCAUACUACCCAGAACCUUCCUUUUAGACCUACAUAACAAUGUGUUUCACUCAAGCAGGUUGGGUCUGAAUUGUAACAUGUGAGCCACAGUCUUAAACCAGGCAUCCUGGGUCUAUCCUCUGCCUCCUGCAGUCCCACCUGUGUGGGUCGUAAGGGCACAAACUUUGGAGAGGACUUCUCAGCCUGUCAUUCUCUUAAGAGUCCAGAAGCAGGAGGGCCAGAGGAACCUGGACCUGAACUGCCAUGGGCGGCGACUCUGCUUGGGUGGGUGCCAGUGGCCACAGGAGAGGAAGGUGAGAUUGCAGCCCAUCUCCACUCUCCCUUCACCCUGUUCUCAUCCCAUGUUCUUCCCCCUCCAACCUUCAGCUGUGUUAGUGGGCAGCUCUGCACUGGGAAGACCAGGCCUGACUCUGAUCCUGGUAGGUGGUAGGCAUCGCUGACUCGUCUUACUUUGUCCUCCUGUUGCCUUUCGUUUUGAAUAACCUGUGGUCACACUGGUUUCCUGCACCUCACUGAGCCCAGAAUCUGAGCUUUUCUUUCAGUCUUCAGAUCCUGAUGUUUCCAAACUAGCAACAGUGGGCAGGAGACACACAGGCUGUGAAGGAUAGAGACUGGGUUAUACAGAUACCAGAUGAUCUGCUCGUCCCAGUGCCUGCUGGGCAGUAGGUUUUGGGGACCAAGAGGCACUGAGCAAGUGGUGGUUUCUCCCUGUAUCCUGAUUUUCAAAGGAGUUUAGACUCUGAGUGGCAGUUGUGUGGUAGCUGACUGCCUAGGGCAUGGACAUUUACCAGAGUCUAGUUAUACAGGGCAUCGUUGGCAUGCUUGGCCUUACUCUCUGUGCGCACUCACACGCACACAGUUUGUAUCCCCCAGGAGUGCCUCCUGCGGUUACUGAGGGCUUUUCUGUGGCGCACUGUCCCGAGAUAGUGGGAAUGGUGGGCUGUGGCCAGGACUUAAUUCCCAGCUGGCCUCCCUCCCUGGGGUAAGCUUUCUCUCCAACUGCUCCAAGGUGCCUUAUGAGGUGCAGCCCUUCACCUGCCCCAGGGCAAGCGUCGUCAUGUUUGAGAAGCCACGGAACACCAGCUGGAUGUUGUGCACUGUCCAUCUGGUUUGUCUGAAUUUGGACCUCAGCCAUGCCACCUUUCAUGGAAACUUGUAAGUCAAGGCCAGGAGCAAGUUUCUUGUAACUGAUGGAAGUAACCUGAUGAAGUAGAAUUGUCACGUCUACCAUCUGAAUGAAAGAGACCACCAUUGCCCGUUUUCCCUUUGGCUGCCAGUGGAUGUUGUCGGUGGCAAGGAGGAAUGUUGAUGAGAUCCCCGGUGACAGUGGCUUUUUGGUCUGCUCAGUCCAAAAGCCUACCAUGUGAAGUCCCACUAAUGAGCCUUCAGGCACGCUGGUGGCCUCCAGCCUCAAGCUUUAACUUGUGCCUCUUCCUGACAACAAGGAGUCAUAGGUUAAUGUUGACCAUGCCUGUAAAGGGAAUAUAUGUAAAGGUUCAAAUUCAAGUUCUUUCUUCCCCUCGGCAGCGUGGGCCUGGAGGCUGCAGCCCAGAGUCCCCGACUGAAGGCUGCCCCAGGAGCCUGGAGGGAGCAGCAGGUGUCAGCAUCUCACUCUGCCCUCCAGACGGCAAUCCACUGGCCAUUUUGCUGCCAGGUGAACAUCAAUGACUCUGGGAACUUGCCAUCAGCCAGAGCAGCCACCCUGGAGGGUGCAGGGCUGGCCUUUAAAAGUUUCACACACUUCCAGCGAGGAACAGAAAGCUGUCUGUUUUACCCUGCAAAACAUUGGUAGCUCCAAGGGGCUUUGCUUUGGGGGAGGGCCUUUGAGCUCCUGAGUGGGUGGGUGGGUUGUUUUAAUUUGGUUUCUCUUUUCAUGACGUUUGUUAGGAGUCAGACCUAUGUGAGCAAACCGUGGCCUCCCAGUGGAGGUGGUUCAAUUUGUGGUGUUAUGAGUCACAGAAACACAUUUUUGAAGUGAAAGGGAAGGUGAUGUACUUACACUGUAAAAUGGUUUACAAUAAAGUUUGACAUAUUAUUACAGUUUCUAAAAAAAGAAACUAUCACUCU